UGUACGUGUUGGUGGAGAUUGUGUUGACUUAUGGCUCUCCUGGUGUUCGACACUUGCGACGGGUGAGAACAAGUUAAGCUCCUUAUCGAUAGGACAAACGUUUCUCGACGCGUUUCUAACGCUAUGAGGCGUGGGGAGGAAGAAUAUUUGGUUGCCAUGCGUGAUCGUGGAUCCUCCUACAGACAAUCAGCUCAAUCAACCGGAGGAGGUGGCUUCUACCCGAGAAAUCCGACAGGAUCGCGAUCACUGCACUCAUCACCCGCCGUCGUGUUAGAAAACCAGUCGCUGCGCACAACGUCUCGACUUCCCGUCCCGACGCGUUUGCGACGCUGCAGCAGCUCGGAGAGCCUCCUCGAUACUCGGAAAAUCAACAAGGAACAGAUCGGGAGAAGGUCGUCGUUAGGAGAGACGAAGAGCGACGAAUCGAGCAACGGAAAACGAACACGACGAAGACCAAGUUCUGCGUCAUCAGCUGAGAGGCGUGGUCAACACUCUCCUACCCGGCCAAUCACACUGGGAAAGUCGGUCAAUAGUAAAAUACCGCUCUUGAGUAGUGCGAACUCAGUGAGAAAGGCUACUGUGCCUAAGACUGGUACAUCACCUACUACACCGACGGACCGUUUGAGGCAGCGGUUGCUACGCACGCCGUCUUCUGAUGCCUCCUUGAAGAAUCAACCUCUAGGCCUUUGCACGACGAUGGACGUCGUGUCUAGGAGGGUCCUCGCUAAGGCCGCUUCGUCUGUUGAUAAUGUUGGUUUGCCGGCACGUGGUAGGGCAGUGAGGGUUGCGUCUGUGUCGGAUGAGAGUUGUGGGACUCGAACUGAUGCUAAUGUGAGGACGCCUGCUAGCUCUAGUCACGUGAUUCGGACUGGUAAUUACAGUGGGAUGAUGAAUGAGUUUGAUCGUUCGGAAGGGAGAAGUAGAAGGACGGAUGUGCAUGCUGUGGGAUCGAGAGGGCAUCGAUCACCUGGACGUACUGAUCUUGUUGGUCGUCAUCCUUCUUGUCACGAUUCCGUAGAGAAUAGAAUGAAUUCUUAUAGUGAAACUGCAUUAUAUGAUAAUCAUGAUACCUUGCGUAAAGCAAGCAAAACAAGGAUGAGCGGUGACAGUGGAAUACAAACUGUGUCUAGUGAACCGAGUGUGUCUGUGAAACAUUCGAGCUGCAGAAGGUCUCUGUGGCAAACAAAUUCUGUUUCUACUGAAUCGAGUGUAUUUUCUAGUCUUGACGAUGGUGAUUCGAUACUUUGGAAAGAUGACUAUGCUCUGCCCGAGUCAAAUUCAACACACAGUAAAUACCCUCCUCCUCUGUUGAGACGGUCGUCUCGAUCUCUCACUAGUCGAACUUCAUUUUGUGAAGCAACAGAAGACUUAGAACAGCUGAUAUCACAGAUAAUGGGUGAAAAUGUUGAUGACUUGACAAAGAAUCAAGGAAGCAAUAGCAGGCAGGCUCGAACUCCAUACAGUCGAGACAAUAGUGUCUCUUCUCAUCACGUUAUCAAACAAAAGUCUCAUGGUAAAUUGUUAAAUAGAAAGCCGACAGCCGCUGAUCUACAUCAGCCAGGUUACAACGCUUCUAGGGAAGUAGAGAUCAAUACCAAUGAGCCUUUGACACCAGUAACCUCUUUUGAUAUUGAUGAAAAAGUGAAUGCAAGUACAAAAGCUGAAGAACUUAAGUCUCCGUCCGUGACUCCAUCUAUGUCUACACUGGCUGCAUCUCGUCUCCCUCGACUGCAGAAGUCUUCAUACUUUAAACUGAAAGCAGUCAAUGCUAUUCGAGAAAUUCAAUCUGUAGACGUCAGCCCUAGUGUGGAGCAAAAAUCUACAGAUGGUAAUGAGCUUGUGCUAAUGGAAGCAGAAGAACAGAGACGUAUGAUGCAGGAACUCAGACAGCUGAAGACGAUGCUGCUAAAACUGAAACGACAACUAAUGAGCAACAAGGAGGAUGGAAUUGGAAUUACCGUUCAACCCGAUAUGAGGAUUCCACCUGACAAGGAAACUGUAGCUCACUUAAAGUAUGUAAUUGCUAGUCAGAAGAAAACUAUCGAAUCUCUUCGAAUGAAGCUCACACAUGCCGAGCAGAAUGAGAGGCACAAACACGAGGUGCAUUAAAACCAUGUAAAUGAUCUGAAAUGUAUCCAUUGAAUGCUCAUUAACUAUAAGAGAUUAUUGCUGAUGUGAUUCAAUGUGUGUGUUAUGUUGCGUAUGCAUGACAGUACCAUA